AAAAUAAAUAGUACUUGGACUAUAACGCUUCUUAUACCGGAAAUCUUGUGGGACAACAAACUCAUUUGCAAUAUUUGUUCGUCCGCAAAGUAAUGUCUGGGACACAGGCCAGUAUAUUGUGCUUUCAUAUUCACAUGGAGACAGUCGAUAGGAAGUGAUUUUCAUAUUUCAUAGGCUGUUUAAAUUGUUAUAGGACAAGUCCAUGUUACUUGUAUCAUACUAAUUUUAAUUAAUCUGUGAUUAGGACAGAAGAGAUCUAAAUAAAAUGCUGAAAACAUUGUUUUCUACUUCUAUUGCGACAAAUUACGUCUGGUUGACGUUGAUCACUUUUACCUCGUGGACGGGAGGAGCAGGGAGUGUAACAAUGACGUCACAUUUCCAAAUCUUCCAGAAUAAAUCACCUGUGGCACCUGCUGUGAUCGAGUCUGCAGAAGUCGUCAGUUUGGUAGACUGUGCCUCAAUGUGCUCAGCGAAUGUGUUGUGUAAGUCAUUCUUCGUCAACUGUUUUGAACUUUCUUCGGCCAAACAAAUUUGCCACCAACAAAAUACUUCAGUUUCAAGUGACCUUGAACUUGUGGCCAGUGACAUGUGCUACGUUCAAAGGGCGGAUCUGUUUGGAAUGCCUGCAACUACAACAGCUGCAUCUACAACAACUGUAGCAACGAGUGCGACAACCACCACGACUGCAUCAAGUACAACCGCUAGUGGAACACCGGUAAUAGAUAUAGUGUAUGGCCCGAAGGAUAUGUGCCCUGCAGGUUCUACAAGCCAAGACUUUCUUGUACUGACACCUGGCGGAGUCUAUGUGUAUGAUGAAAUAGACGAUUUGACGUCUGCACCCUGUGAUGGACCGAAAGCAUUUACGUCAAUAUUCAAGGACUACCCGUCAAUGCCAGCCAUUGACAUGGUCAGUGGCAUUCUCAUCUACCAAACGUCAAAUGUAGAGUUGUAUGCAGGUAAUAUAACCGUGUUUGUAUUUCUUUUGUUUUUGAUUUUUUUUUAAAAAUGCUAUUGCAGAUUUUGUUUAGGAUUGUUACCAAUCAAAGUGUAUAGUAAUUGAAGCCACUUUCCCAAAUGAAUGUCUUCUUAUUAAUCUAACUUUCCGGAAUAACAACUAGCCAAUGUAGUGACGGUCGCAAAAAUGUCGCUUCGUACUUUAAACAGUUAUUAUCGUACAUCAGUGUACGGUGUUCCGUUUGGACAAUCGUGACUUUUCAUAUAACACUAAACCGCGAUGCA